CUCACCGCUGCCAUGGCGGCAGCUCCGCCGCUCUCCAAGGCCGAGUAUCUGAAGCGUUACUUGUCUGGGGCAGGUGCCGGCGUCGACGGGGGCCCUGACUCCGGUCGCAAGCGUCGCAGAAAGCGGCCGAAGCCCGGCGGGGCCGGCGGGAAGGGAAUGCGGAUUGUGGAUGAUGAUGUGAGCUGGACAUCUAUUUCCACCACUAAACCGGAAAAGGAGGAAGAAGAUGAUGAUGGAGAUUUGCCUGUGGUGGCUGAGUUCGUGGAUGAGCGGCCGGAAGAGGUAAAGCAGAUGGAAGCCUUUCGUUCUAGUGCCAAAUGGAAGCUCCUGGGAGGCCACAGUGAAGAUCUGCCCUCACACAGACACUUCCGUCAUGACUCCCCGGAUUCAUCUCCCCCCAGGAGGGUCCGUCACGACACCCCAGAUUCGUCACCCCCCAGGAGGGGCCGUCACGACACCCCGGAUUCAUCUCCCCCCAGGAGGGUCCGUCACGACACCCUGGAUUCAUCUCCCCCCAGGAGGGUCCGUCACGACACCCCGGAUUCAUCUCCCCCCAGGAGGGUCCGUCAUGACACCCCAGAUUCAUCUCCUCGCAGGAGGGUCCGUCAUGAUACCCCAGAUUCCUCUCCCCCAAGGAGGGUCCGUCAUGACACCCCAGACCCAUCUCCUCCCAGGAGGGCCUGUCAUACUUCUCUGGAUCCUUCUCCCCUCAGGAAGCCUCAUCGUCACUCUUCAGGUGUGUCUUCUAGGAAAGCCCAUCACAACACACCAGAUCCAUCUCUUCCUAGGAGGGCCCAUCACAAUUCCUCAAAUAGCUCUGUUCCCAGAAGGGCCCGAAAUAGCUCCCCUGACACAUCUCAACCUAGAAGGACUCUUGACUCCUUGGACACAUCACAGCUCAGGAGGGCCCGUCAUGACUCCCCUGAUUUGGCUGCUAAUGUCCCUCAUUCAUUGCCCAGAACCAAAAGCAGUAAAGCCCCAGAAAGAGCCUCUAGCAAAAUUUCUCCACACUGGAAGGGGCCGGGACCAUCUCAUGCAUCACUCCCAAAGAACAGCAAGUAUGAGUAUGACUCCGACCUCUCUCCUCCACGAAAAAAGCAAGCAAAAUCCCAUAAGCAUGAUUCUAAAGACUCUUCCCCCAGCCAUAGGAAGUUUCACACAAGCUCUUCACCUAGGAGACAUCGGAGUCACGUGUUGGACUCUUCCUCCUACCCAAGUGAUAGUUGGAAAGCCUCAGAUUCAGAUCUUUCUCCUCCUCGCCAUAAGCAAAGUUCAGGGCACAAGGAUUCUGAUUCAGAUCUUUCACCUCCACGGAAUAGACCUACACAUCGGAGCUCUGAUUCUGACCUGUCUCCACCAAGGAGGAAACAGAGGGUCAAAUCUUCUGAUUCUGAUCUGUCUCCACCUCGAAGGAGUCAGCCUUUAGGAAAGAAGGCUGCACACAUGUAUUCUGGGGCUAAAACUGGGUUGGUGUUAACUGACAUACAGCGAGAACAGCAGGAGCUCAAGAAACGGGACCAAGAAGCCCUGGCGUUUGAAGCUGAAUUCCAGUAUGCUGAAACCGUAUUUCGAGAUAAAUCUGGUCGUAAGAGGAAUUUGAAACUGGAACGUUUAGAGCAAAGGAGAAAAGCAGAGAAGGACUUGGAGAGAGAUGAGCUGUACGCUCAGUGGGGCAAAGGGCUAGCCCAGAGCCGGCAGCAGCAGCAAAACGUGGAGGAUGCAGUGAAGGAAAUGCAGAAGCCUCUGGCCCGCUAUAUUGAUGAUGAAGAUCUGGAUCGGAUGCUGAGAGAACAGGAAAGAGAGGGGGACCCCAUGGCCAACUUUAUCAAGAAGAAUAAAGCCAAGGAGAACAAGAAUAAGAAAGUGAGACCUCGCUACAGUGGUCCUGCACCUCCUCCCAACAGAUUCAAUAUCUGGCCUGGAUAUCGCUGGGAUGGAGUAGACAGAUCCAAUGGAUUUGAACAGAAGCGCUUUGCCAGGCUUGCCAGCAAGAAGGCGGUGGAGGAACUUGCCUACAAGUGGAGUGUUGAGGAUAUGUAACUUUUCUGAGGCUGUGGGGUGGCUGUGGGUUGUGGUAGUGGGCAUAGGGCAGCCAGACAUCCAGCUGUAACAGUUGUCUAUGCUAAUAAUCAGGGUCCACACAGACGAGCAACUUGAAUGCCAGUUUUGACUACGGAAGAAUAUUUUGAGACCUGAUGUUUGGAUUGAGGCACCUGGACUUCUUAGGUGUGCCAAAACUGGCUAUUGCUGGCCUUCAGAGGAGGCAUUGAUUUUUCAUUGUCCCAGGGUUUGUUCUUGGUUAGGGUUUUUCUUUUUUAAUAAACAUGCA